AUGUCUACACCCAUCGACGCGACCGUCCCCACCGACAAUCCGAGCGCGAACUCCGCGUCUGCAGGCGCUGCCGCCACCAACGCGCAGGUUGGCACCCCGGUCAAGUUCCCGCCGUUCCCGCCGCCGCCCUCGGGCGUAAAAAUACUACCGUUCGGGUCUACACUCAUAGACGUGACCGUCACCACAGGCAAUCCGGCCGUGGACUCCGCGCCUGCAGUCGCUGCCGCCACCGACACCCCGGCCGAUGCUGCCCCCUGGAUCAAGUUCCCUCCGUUCCCGACGCCACCCCCGGGCGUAAAAAUAAAGUCGUUCAAGUCUUUCCAGCCGGGAGGCAUCACUGUCGUCGCGGACCCGCCGCCGGGCUACGUUGAGCUCGAUAGCCAGAAGAUCCCAACUGUUCAGCUACUCGCAAAGCACGACCUCACCGCGAUGGAGCAGAAAAAGAGGCGCACGCCCAAGACGAAGACCGGUGCAGACGGCUCCGUGCGCAAGCUAACCUGGUGGGAGCAAUGGGAGGCUGACGAGUUUAUGAGGCGCGUCGCAAGAGUUCAAGGCAAACCGAUCGUGGCCUGCUGUCGCUUCUGGUGUACCGCAGCUCUGGGAUGC